AUGGCGUCGACGUCCCAGCGACGGCGAUCUGUGCUGCUCCUGCGCCACACCGCGUCCCUCCUCGUCUCUCGAAACCACCCGAAUUUGACCAAUCGAAUGCAGUCCCGUGGCAUAUUUGGCUUGGCAAGAGAUGAGCGGCCGCAUCGUGCCUCGAGAGAAUCGUCACCUUCACUCCUUAUCAGCCCGGCGAUCUCGAGGCUCCGCCUCGCGCCUCGACUCCGCCAAGCGCAUCCCGUCACCUGGCCCUCACUACUCGCCCCACACUCACCUUCGGCAAUUCCGAGGAACACCCAUGCCACCCAUGCCACGUGGCAGCUUCCAACACGGAUUGCGUCAACGUCAUCGUCAGCGUCAGCAUCAUGUUCAAGAGCGAUAGCAUCCGCAGCAGCUGCAGAACCCGCCCCUGCCUCCUCACAAACCGCCUAUCCUCCCAAACACGUAAUCUUCCCCCUCUCCUCCCUUCCCUCUCCCCUACCCCCUCCUCCCCAACCCCUCCCUCCUUCCCCCACCCCUGCCACUCUAGCUUCUACUCGUGUCUUUACAACUGCCCUCCUCUUUGGACGUGUUUAUGCUCCCUCGGAUCCGUCCUCCAACUCUUCGAUCCUCUCAUCCCUUCAGUCUUCUUCCCCCUCUUCUCCCCUCUCGCCCAUAUUCCCGUCCCCUCGUUUCCCCCGCCCUCGUUUCUCUCUUCACCCCCCCUCCGCCCUCUCUUUCCCCCUCACUCCUCUCUACCUCCAACGCUCAACCAUCCUAUCUGCCCUCCUACCAUCCUUCCAUGCCUCUCUCCCACCAUCACUCCGUUCCUCCCUUUCUCUCCCCCGCCCUCUCCCCCAUACUCCCCACCCCACCCCACGGCCAGCACGCAUCACGUCACUGCCCCCCUCAUCUCUGGUGGACGCGCUGUGCGCCGCUCUGCCCACUGCACGCACCCCACAAGGCAGGGCGCAAGGCACAGCACCAGAUAGGCCACAAGGGGCGCAAGGAAGCAGAGGAGAAAGGGCGGUGAGGGAGGGUGGAGGAGAGACAGUGGAUCUGCUACUGGAGGAGCUUGAGAGGCGCGUCCAGGCAGGGGUGGAGAGCGGUGUGGAGGGGUUGGGGUUGGAGAGCGUGAGGUUGGAGGAGCAGCGGAGCAGGUUGGGGAGCGUUUCAAGUGGAAGGGGUGUGGGAGGUGAAGAGAGAAGGGCGAGGAGGGAGAGGAGGGAGAGGAGGGAGAGGAGGGAGAGCAGGGAGUGGGGUCAGCUGUGUGCGCGCGUGCUGCGUGCAGCAGCAUUGGCAGGGAACGCAGACGUGGGGCAUCGUGUGAUGCACGCGAUGCUAUCAAGCGGUGUGCCCGUGGCGGUGGGCGCACAGAUCUCCUUCCUCCGUGCCUUGUGCAACGCCGGCAGGAUGCACGAGGCGUUGGACUGGCUUGAGAUGCGGGUGCAGCAGCAGCAGCAGAGCGACAGCAGCAGAAGGCUGGUCACCGCAGGGAGGAGAGGCCAGGCGCAGCACUCCCACCAUCAUCGCUCAACAUCAUCAGCAUCAUCAUCAUCACCAUUUUCACCACAAUCACCACUACCACCAGCAGCAGCAGCAUCAGCAUUGCUGUCCGCAUCAGCUUCACCAGCAGCGGUGUGCGCACCGCUGUGUGCGGGGGUGUUCAACGUGGUGCUGACGGCGUGUGCGCGGGGCAGGGACAGCCGCAGUGCAGCGCGCUGCGUUCUGCUCAUGGAGCAAUGCGCCGUGCCCUGCGAUGCCAUCUCCUACACCGAACUCAUCAAGCUGGCAGGGCUAGUGGGGGACCGAGAGGCAGUGGAGGAUCUUUGGAAGCAGCUUCUGCACGCCAUGGCCGCUGCACACUCGCAUGCUGCUCCUACUCCUCACUCACCACCCUCACACUCACUCCACAAAUCACCCACCAGUCCAUCUUCCCCACUCUCGACCGACCCCUCACCCACAACCACCACCACCACCACCUCUUCCUCCUCCCCAUCAGCCCGGCAUCCCCAUCCCUCCCCAUCGUCCCCUUCCCCCCCGUCCCCCCCUCCCGCUCCCCCGCCGCUGCCCCUCGUGGCUCUCUCCGCGCGUGUGGUGGCCCUCUCCCGCAUCCCCGGGGCUCUCUCUGACGCACUGCAAGCCAUGGGGGACAUGGAAGCAGCUGUGCUGAGGGAGCUGCAAGGGGGACACGGCCGGAUAGGCUCUGGGUGUGGUCUGCUGCUGGAGAGAGCUGGUGCAGUGUGGUUGAAACCGGUGCGGAGUGGGGUGGAAGCAGUUUCUGCGGCUGAUGAGAAAGAUGGGCUUUCUGCGACAGGACAGGGAGCGGCAGGAGCAGUGGCAGUAGCAGGAGGAGCAGGAGCAACUGCAGCAAGAGUUUUGGAAGAGAGUGACAGAUCUAGUGCCAGGAAAGGGAUGGGCACGUCACGAGCGCGAGGCACAUGGGGGUGCAACAGGGAAGGAGCAUGGGACGGAAAGCAGCUGCUGGCGCUCAUUGCUCAGCAUGAGAAGCAUGAGACAGAGGGCGUUGGUGCUGAUACGCAUGGGGAGUCAGAGGGAGCGGCACUGGGUGGAGCUGGGGAAGGGAGCGGCGAGGAAGCAAGAGGGGACAUGGGAUUGGGAUUAGGGAUGGGGCGGGGAAUGGAGUUGCAGGGUGCGAAGGAGGGGCGGGAGUGGGAGGCGGUGGAGAUGGGUUUGCGGGUGGGGUGGAAUGCCAUCCUUAAUGCGGCUUCGAAGCAUGCACGAUGGGACUUGGCUCUGGCUAUGCUGCAACGGUUUCCUUCUCUUUCCCCCCGUCCUUGCCGUGUGACCCCGUGGCCCCCUGCAUCAAUCGAUCAGAUGGUGAAGUGGGGAGUGCAUCCAGAUGACUACACCAUCAACGCUCUCACCCGCGCUGCCUUCGCCUCCCACCGACCCACACUCGCACAGGCCAUAGUAAGUAUCGCCAGUCCACCCUGCUCCUUCUUCACCCCCCUCUUCUCCCUCUUUCCCCUUUCCCCAUACUCUCUUUGUUCCGAAUUCCACCCUCUUCCUUAUGAUGACGACUCUGGGGAUGCUACUCGUUCCGAUGCAGCAGCAGCAGUAGCAGCUGCUUCCAUCGGCUCCCCGGAGCAUGCAACGCGCCUGCGGUUCGCAGGCAACGCUCUCAUCCGCGCGUGCAGCAAGGAGGGCCGGUUCGACGAUGCCUUGCAGGUGUUCAGAGCGAUGCUGGCUGACCAAGUACCCGUUGACACCUGCACUCUGCAGGCGCUGCUGCUGCUCGCUGCCGGCCCCACCACGCCCACUAGGUGGGGCAUCAAAGGGAGUGGCUCGGGUGGAGGAAUGGGAGGUGGAGGGGACAUGGAAGGGGAUUGGAUGGGAGUGGACGACGGAUGGGAAGUUAAUGGGGGAGGAAGGAGGGGGAGUGAAAGUAGGAGAGUUGGUGAAGGAGGUCCAAGGGAAGUGGAAGGUGAAUGCGAAUCUAGCAUUGGAGGGUGGCAGAGUGGGGAUUAUAAUCACAAGGAUAUGGAUGGAGAGACAGGAGGCGCUGUGGAUGCAUGGAGAGAUGAGGGCGGUGUGGCAAUGCAGGCACGUUUUGGUGCAGUUAUGGGGGAGGGAGGGGAGGAGGAGGGAGAGGAGGGGGGGACGAGGCAGAGGGAGGUGUGGCGGCGAGUGGCGGCAGUGGCGGCUGCAAUGGGUGCUGCUGGUGUCAGGCACUCUGCUGCAUCCUUCUGCACACUCGUGCGAGUGUUGGGAGGGGCGGGGCUGUGCAGGGCGAUGCAGCAGCACGUGCAGUGGGGGCUGUCCACGCCUGAUGCUGCUGGCCGCCCCCUCACCGACACGCUCACUCUCAACAACGCCAUUGCUGCCGCCGCCAGGCUCGGCCAGGUGCACGCAGCGAGGCAGCUGUUUGCUCUAACAGAGCAGCACCCGCACCUCACACCCACCACCGUCACCUUCAACGCUCUGCUCAACGCCCUCGCUGUCGCUGCUGCGCACAGAGGAGCGCACAGUGCAAGUGCGAGAGGGGGCAGGAGGGGAGGAGACGUGUGGGUGGAGAGGGAUGGGCGGUGGCAGGGUGGAGGGGAGUGGGAGGGCGAGGGUGGUGAGACGGACUGUGUGGCGGAGGUGUGCGAGGUGAUUGAGGAGAUGGAGGAGAGGGGGAUUGAGCCCGACACCAUCACGUUUAACACUGCCAUCAAGGCGGCAUGCAGUGUGCAGGACUACAAGGCAGCGCAUCGCUUCCUAGCGCGCAUGGAGCAGCACCCUCGUCUCGCCCCUGACCAGACCUCUUACAGCACUGCAGUCGCAUAUGCUGCCUUCCAGGGCAACAUCUUUCACAUGGAGCUGUUCUUGGCACGCCUGCUGCGGCAGCGAGUGCCGCUCUCCUUCUCCGCGCUUGCCUCAGUCGCAGAGGCAUACGCGCAUGCCAUCCCCCGCAGAAUCAACCAAGUCACACCUGCUACGCUGGCUCUGGCCGAGCACUCCCAGCAGGUGCAGUGGGAGGAGCAAGGGGGCAGUCUUGGGGAAGGCCAGGGGGAGAGCAAGGGGAUUGAGAAGUCAGAGGAGGGGAGGCGGGGGAGAGGGUCGGCAGUAGUGUCUGGUGGAGAGGGGGAAGGAGGAGGGGUUGCGGUGAGGAGUGAGGAGGGACGGUUGAUGGAGUUUGCAUGGCAGUUGGCAGCAGAGGUGGAGAUGAGUGGUGGAGGCUCAUGA